AUGGAAAAUUCCUCCAAAGAGCUCAUGUUUGUACUGCAUGGAUUGAAUGACACAAUGACAAACAGACAAAUUUACUUUGCAUUUGGAUUUGCUGUCUAUAUUAUGACAUUGUUUGUGAAUUUAACACUAGUCAUAACUGUUAUUCUGGAUAAGUCACUUCAUGAACCUAUGUAUCUGUUUAUAUGUAGUUUAUUCGUAAAUGGAAUAUGUGGUGCUUCUGCUUUCUAUCCAAAGAUCCUUGCUGAUCUUUUAUCAGACUCCCAUGUUAUAUCAUAUACAGCAUGCCUGGUACAAAUAUAUUUGAUUUUCUGUUAUGCUUUUUGUGAACUCACAUGUCUAACAGUCAUGGCAUAUGACAGAUAUGUAGCUAUUUGUAAGCCUUUGGAAUAUCUGUGCAUUAUGACACACCAGAAGGUUGUGAAACUGCUGACUUUUAGUUGGCUCUUCUCCUUACUGCAAACAGCCAUUGGGGUUGUGCUGACAGCUGGAAUGCCUUUAUGUGGUAAUGACAUUGACAAGCUAUAUUGCUCUAAUUGGGAGGUUGUUAAGCUAUCUUGCAAAGAUGUGACUAUAAUGGAUGUGUAUGGUAACUUUCUAAUACUUUCUAAUGUUCUCCAAGUAACAUUUAUACUUGUGUCAUAUAUUCACAUAAUCAGAGCUUCUUUACAGUCCAGGAUGGGGAGGAUAAAAUUUAUGCAGACAUGUCUUCCCCAUUUAAUCGCCCUCACAAACUUCACUCUUUCCCUCAUCUUUGAUAUUAUGUAUUCACGUUUUGGUAAAAGUCAAACACAGCAAGCUCUACACAAUAUCUUGGGUAUGGAGUUUCUUGUUGUGCCUCCUCUCCUAAAUCCCAUAAUAUAUGGAAUAAAACUAACCAAAUUGCGACAUCAGAUUGUGAAAAUGUACAGAAUGAAAUUCAACACAGUGAGUCAAAGAUGA